CGACACUCUUCUUUGGAUUUCACGCUAUCGGAUGAUGGUUACCUACACCAUUCACCCUCAAGCGUACUUCAAACUUUUCUUUCAUGCAGCGAAGCACCCUCAUAAGCAAGUUAAUGGCGUUUUACUAGGCUCGCAAACUGGUGAUGCAGUGGAGAUUAAGGACGCGAUACCUCUUCUUCACCAUUGGACAAGUCUUAGCCCGAUGAUGGAGAUAGGGCUGGAUCUGGCAGGACAGCAUGCGGCGUCUAUUGGAAUGCAACUAGUUGGUUAUUAUCAAGCGUGUGAGAGGUUGAAUGACACCGCACUAGCACCAGUAGGGGAAAGGAUUGCAUCCAGAAUCAGAGAAUCUUUCAAAGAUGCAAUAGCUUUUGUGAUUGACGGAGCUCGGCUGGGUACUGCACAUCCUGCCCUCAUUCCGUAUCUGGCACAGUCCUCCACGACAUGGCGGCCUGCAAACGAGGCGUCUGCACCCUUCACCUCCACUUCCUCUUUCAAAAUACUGUCGGACGGCCUUCCCACGCGUGCUGCAGAACUUGUUCACAAUAAUCAUGCUCAAGAGAUAUUUGGUGACUUCGAUGACCAUCUCGAGAAUGUUACGAUAGACUGGCUACGUAAUCGGGAAUGUUUACCUAUGGAUAUAUAAGAUGUAUCUCAAUCUGAAGACACUGAACCAGCUCAGGCACUUGUGACGGAUACCUCCAUGAUACGAGCUCGAACUCCCAGUAGCACGGUUCUACACACCCCUUCCCUGUCUCAUACAUCCUUAACCUGGGCCGGCGACGGUAUUUCGUUAUUCAAGCAUGUUGCUACGGAACUUGGUACAAUUGAACUCCAUCUUCAUCGGAACGGAAGUUUUGGAAAAAUCAGCAUCUCACUUCCCUACAUGCGCAAAAUGGGCCUGAUAAGCCCUGCUAUCAUAAUUGUAAUUGACUGUCCUUACCAUCCUUAUCUCCACGAAGCACAACGAGGAUGAUCCGGUUCCACCGUCCCCAAGAUAAGAGAGAUGUGGUACUAGCGGGCUAUUGUGUGGCAGUGCUCAGGUUGAUCGGGUCGUGUAUUUCCUUCAGCGUUUUGAGUCGGCGAUAUCCACUAUCCACGUUCCUUACUUCGAUUUAGGUGACCCGUGGUGGCAUGGAGUGCUGAGUUACAAUGUAACACAUACCCAGCUUGCCAGCUCGUAAAUGAUACGUUAGUGGGUUGGAAC